AUCGUCAGAUAUCAAGAACCUUAGACCCCAAAACCCCAACAGUAACACCAAUAAGAUCCCCAAAUCCACAUUCUAAUUCAUCGUAGAAGCCAAUAUGAGUUCGUACACGUGUGUCUCCAAUGUUGUAUCUCUUUUAGGAAAAAAAAAAAAGGCCCGAACGACGAGAUUGCACUCGCCGUAGGUUGGAAUGGAACACUAGUAGGCAAAAAGGUUCCUUCUUCCUUGGCCAAGCAACGACGUUUGGUCUGAAAACGUUCCACCGCAUUUCUGCCGUGUCGGUCUCUUCGAUUUUUUGAUCGAUCAACGACGAUUCAACGUGUACGAACCACUGAAACAUGCAGGACCAAUCAAUUAGCCUUUUUCCGCCGACCCGAUCCCGCGGAGCAUCUCGUUCUCGUCGUGCAUUCCAAACCCACCCCGGAGAGGAAUGCCAUAUCCGUGCCGUGCUACCACUGCAAAGGCACCUCGCGCUCGCUGGCCAUGCCAUAUGCUGCCUCCAACUCCAAGCUCGAUCAAGCCGCGCUCACAUUUUGGGUCCAGUCCGGACACUCCAGGUUUAAGCCACAGCAAAUCCACCCCACACGCAUGGCACCACCACCACAGAUCGUCCAUGCCGCUGCGGGCGCCAGCCAUGGACCUCGACCUCGACCUCGACCUCGCCGUCCAAGUCUCCGUCCCCGGCGAGGAGGACUUCGCCUUCGUCACCACCGAGACCCACGCCGCCUUCCUCGUCCUCGCCCACCUCCCUGGCUACGCCAAGGAUGAGAUCGACGUCCGCGUGGGCGACGCCGGCACGGAGGUGGCGGUGGCGUGCGCGAGGAAAGACGCCGCCGCCUUCACGGUGGACGUCGCCGCCGCGGUCGGGAGGAUCCGCGUGGCGCACCGCCAGGUGGUGACGGACGGGUUCCGCCGCGUCUUCGACGUCCCGCCGGGCGCCGACGUGGCACGGAUCACCGUCGGCUUCGACGAGGACGACGCCCUGCUCGUCGUCAUCUUGCCCAAGCUCCUCCUCCCGCCGGAGGAGGACGAGGCGCCGCGGCUCGACGUCGACGGCGCCACCGACAGCGGCGUCGACGUCGACGUCGACGAGGACCUCGACCUCGGCGACGACGACGACGCGUCGUCCAGCCUCGAGCUCCAGCAUGAGGACUGGGUCGACGUCGAGGAGGAGCCUGAGCCGCUGCGUGACGUGCCCGUCGUCACUGACGUUUCCGUCGAGACUCCGGUGCCGGUGGACACGGACGUGGCCGUGGAGACUCCGGUGCCGGUGGAGACUCCGGUGCCGGUGGUCACGGACGUGGCGGUGGAGACGCCGGUGCCGGUCGUCACGGACGUGGCGGUGGAGACUCCCGUGGAGGUAGAGGAGGAGGACCGCGACGUGCCCGUGGAGACGCCGGUGGAGGUGGAUCAGGUGGAGGCGGAGCCGCGGGUGGUGGACAUCGAGUGCGACGUCGUGUUCGAGCCGGCGCCGGAGUCGGAGCCGCUAGUGGAGACGCCGAUCGAAGUGCUCGGGCCGCCGCACCGCGAGCCCGAGCCGCCGGCCGACGUGCCGCAGCCGCCGGUGGACAUACCCUGCGACGUGGAGUCGAAGCCAGAGCCGGCCGUCGUGCAGGAGCCCGAGGAGCCGAAGCCACCACCGCCGCCAGCGGAGGAACCUGUGGAAGAAGAGCCACCGGGGCAAGAAGAAGAAGAAGAAGAAGAAGAAGAAGAAGAAGAACCUGUCCAAGAGCCGGCGGCGGAGGAACCUGUGCAAGAAGAGCUGCCGGCGGAGGAACCUGUGCAAGAAGAGCCGCCGGCGGAAGAACGCGUGGAAGAGCCGCAGCCGGUCGAGGCGCCGGCGGCCGAGGAACCAGUGCAGGAGCCAGCCGCCGAGGAGGUGGUGCAAGAGCAGCCACCGGCUGAGGCGCCGGCCGAAGAACCUGCGCCGGAGCCGCCCGCCGCCGAAGAGCCCGCGGUGGAGCUUCCAAAGCCAGCGACACCACCAGCAGAGGAGAGUUCGGGAGGGACGACCGAGUCGGAGGAAAGCAGCAGCUCUGACGGCGAGGGGAACCAAAACGGUGGCAAGAAAAAACGCGGCAGCAGGGGAAGAGGGAGUGGGCGGCGACGACGACGACGGAGACACGGCGGGUUCCGGCUCGGCCUGGUGGUCGGCCCCGCGCUGAUCCUGCUCGCGCUCGCGGUGGCCGCGGCCAGGCGGCGGCGGCAUCAGCAACAAGGCCAGUGAGCCGGCUAGGCGGCUUUAAUUUGUCACCGUGCAUGUUCUUCGGCACAGGAGAAUGAAAGACAGGUGUUGACGUGUUGUGUGCAGUAGAGUAGCGGUGGGUGCAGUGAGUGUGGUGUGCUAGCAGUUUGCGGACGCCUGGUGUAGCACACUAGCACGUAGUAUGGAAUGGAGUUUUCGUGUGAAUUUUUAAAAUUGCAAGCAUGGGUUUCCUCAUUGUUAGGCCUUGUUUAGUUCACCCCGAAAACCAAAAUUUUUUCAAGAUUCC